GAGAAUCCUUUCGCUUGAUGACACACAGAUCUGGCGAAUGGAUCGUUAGUACAUUGCGGCUCCGUACUGGAAGCCACGCCAGGCCGCCUCAGAAACCCCCACCACCCCACCCUCCUCCCAGUUGGUCCGUGACGUGCUCCCUGGCCAGGUCUCCCAGGGAUCCGUGUUUUGCAUCGCUGCUCAAUUUGCAUUUCUUCCUCCGAUAUUUCGUGCGAGCCGCUCCAGAUCAGAAGGCGCUCCACUGCACAUUUUUUUUCUUCUCAUCGUCUUCCGCCGUGCGUCCACAUUUCAAUAGCGAUACGCACAAAAACCAACGGGACAUUAUUGAAUGAUGUUGCCGAGGCUUUCCAAUCGGUGAGACUGAGGACAUUUUUUAUUCGAUCGUUGAUUGUGUUAGGUGGCGCACCGACCGACGGGGACACGUGCCGCCUUCGAGGUAAACACACAGGGCUCCGUCGCCUCGGCUCGUGUCGUGUCGUGUUUUCUUUGUUUUUUGUCAUCGCCAAACGCCACACAUUUUGAUCAUCGAGCUAUUCGUUUUCCUUUUGCGCUUCGGUGAUACCCAGACGCCUAUUGGAAAUGUCGGAAGUGCUGCCUUUCAACGAGGAGAAAAUGAGUCAUUAUGGAAACGAAGGCGAAGAGGGACACCUUUCCUUCACCUGUCGUCUCCAAGACACCAACAACUUCUUCAACGGGCCACAGAAUAAACGCCCUCCGAAACUCGGACAGAUAGGCAGGAGCAAACGGGUUGACGAAAACGAUGACGGAGAGGCCCAGAAAAACGGAACAGAGAAGACCCCCACGGAGGCUUAAGAAACGGCACCCUGCCCCUCCCCCCCUCAACCUCCUCCAACCCAACUCCACCCUCCCCCCACCCCCCCUUCCUCCUCAUCGAUCCAUCCAAACGGACACUCUUGAAACGUUUUUUAAAAAAGAGAAAUGGCGAUGUUAGCCAGUUUUAAUCCAAAGACACUGUAUAUAAGCACUUUCUCUCAUGUGGCAGCAAGCGGCACUCCCACACUCCUCUUCCCCCACCCUCCCCCUUCCCCCCUCUCUCCAACCCCCCCGCCACCCAGACGUGUCCAGCCAUGGGACGUGUGCUGGACACUGGGCCCGCGAGUAGGCAAGAACCCCCCCCCCCCUCUCGCCUUCCUUCCUUCCUUCCUCUCCCCUUUUCCCUGCCCUCUGCCUGGGUACACCUCUUCCUCUUCCUCCUACUAUUCCUCCCCAUUCACACACACACACACACACACACACACACACACACACACACACACACACACACACACACACACACACACACACAGUAACAAAUACACAUGUCACUUUUGAUCUGAGGGGUUUCGCCGUUCAUCCAUUCAUUGGCAGCAGACAAUAGAGUGAGGGGUUCUUUGGGCCAAAGCGACGCUGUCGAAAAACGCAGAAAUCAGGGACAGGAUGAAUCUGUAAAUGUCAUGUAAAAACCAACACACACAAACAAACAGAAAGCACACGCUCACUUCCUCUAUUAUCAAUCAUCCAUGACGCUCUUCAGUCGGACUGAGAGCAAAGUGAGUUAGCUUGAGAGUCUGUAAAUAUGGAAAGGGUAGCCCAUAUUUUCUUGCACAAAAAACGUGAAGAAGCGCUAUAACAUUUUGUUGUUCUCUGUCUGUAUAGAAGACUCUAUUUAUUGAACCUUUUGAAGAUAUCUCUUUUUUCCAGGGACCGAGGCCCGAGGGACUGUUUUUUGUAUGUUGAGACGACGGAAUGAAAGUGCAGGUUUACGUUUUUUUAUGACUUUCUUUUGUUAUUCUCGAUGUUGCCUGGGUGUAUUUUGUUUCCGUUCCGUUUUUGUUACCAUGCUUUGCAGCUAAGAGUCAUUUAUAUACCGUGUACCUCCCUAGCGUUUGUAAGCUCCCAGGACUUCCCCUGGAUUGGUUGAUACUGUACCUUGACUGUACACACACCGUAUUUAUUGAUAAACUAUUUAUAUUGCAUUGUGCAUUAACGUGUGCCAAAUCUCAUGAAGGGAUAUACUUUACCGGACAAAAUGGAUUAUUCUUAUUUUUUUCUGUGCUUCUAACAUCACUAUUUAGUUGUUUGUUUGGUUGCCAUUUUGUAGGACUCUUUUUCUUAAAACACUGAAAUACCAACUCAUGCAUGGCAAAUAUGAAAUCAUGCAUGCAUGGCAGAACUUCUGAAGAAAAAAUCUCUUACUUGUGUGUUCUUGGAACACCUCCUAUACAGCUUUGAAUGACAAACCUCAAGAAACAGUCUUAAUUCAGCGUUGUACUGUACAAUUCACACUGUUUUGUACAGUGGCCUAAUAUCUUGUAAUAAAGAUUCUGAAGGUGUAAUAAUCACUCUUUACUGUU